AUGUAUUCUACCAGGAGUUUUGAACGAACACUUACGGACGCGGGCGGUCCUCCGAACACAGCUCCAAGGCUUAUUCCUCGAUUGUUAAAUGUAUCCGCCUCCCAUAUCUUGUUCAUCUCUCCCCCCAGAUCUGAUACCCUCCCCAGAUUUGAGAAGAUGUCCUUCUCACUACCACUGCAGGCGCUUGCCAACUUCCAACUUGUGAUAUCUGUUCCCGGGGAACAUCCUGUACCUCCAACGUUCGAGCUGAAGCCAUUACCACACAAUGCUCUCACAUCCGAUACACCAAUGUUCCCGACCAGCUUACAAGUUAGAGCACGGGAGACCGGUCAGGGAUUAACGUUUGAACUUACCGGCGACCACUCAUUCAACGGACAGUUUAUGUCUCCCCUUCCUACGCCUCCUGAGUCCCACUUGGGAUCGCCGUCCCAAACAUUAUUACAGAGCAUGGGACUCGAGAAUGACUAUUUCGGUGCCGAUCUUUCGGGGAGUUUCCCAGCAUGGAGUCAUUUCAAUGACUUGCCAGACGAUACUCACGCUAGCGCGUUAUUAUGCUCAUCUCUAUCAACAGAAACAGUCGAUUUGGCCACGAGAACCCUUCCGGUGUCCGAUUUCAUUUUGAAUCAUCAUUUACCAUUCCCGGACCCACCCUUCAACAACCUUCCAACCGGCAAACCGUUUCCUACCAAGGACAACACCGCCAGUCCGGAUGACUUCACAUCUCCAUUCACCUUCCCGACCUACUCCCCCCUCAGUCAUAACCUCUUGACACCCAUCGACUCUGGAACACCCAACCCAACCGAAUUUCCAGAAACACCCCUUCCAUCGCCCGAGUCCUCGAAUUCUCCUUCACCAAGGUCAUCCACGGCCCCGGGGACCGGUGGACCGGCUCGGCCGACAAGAAGUCUGAAACAACUCAAUCAAGUCGGCCACGUCCUUUCGCAUGCAGAUUCCCAGGCUGUGAACGAGUGUUCACAAGCAACUACACACGCGAAACUCACAUGCUGA